AUGAGCGGCUACUACAACGAAGACAACAAAUACCCGCCCCAGGAGGGCUACCACCACCAACAGCAGGGCGGCUCCGCCAACUCCUACUACGAGCAGGGCAACAACGACCAGUACCGCACACAAUACCAGCAGCCGCCGCCGCCAUACGGCCAGGAGGGCCAGCACAACAACUACGGCCAGCAGCAGAACCACGGUCAACAGGGCUACGGCCAGCAACAUGAAGGCUACGGCCAGCAAGGCCACGGACAACAGGGCUAUGGCCAGCAGGGCUACGGCCAGCAGGGCUUUGGCGGCGAGCCCCAGGAGGGCGAGCGAGGCCUGAUGGGCGCUCUGGCAGGCGGUGCCGCCGGAGCCUUUGGCGGUUCCAAGUUCGGCGGCCAGGCCACCGGCCACGCCAAGACCAGCGGCGUUGUCGGUGCCAUCGUCGGCGCCAUUGCCGGCUCGAAGCUGCAGGACGGCGUUUCCGACUGGCGACACGAGCGAAAGGACGAAAAGCAGGACGCAGAGCGCUGGGAGGCCGAGCAGCGGCGAAGACGCGAGGAGGAGCGAUAUGAGGAGCGCAGACACCGCAGCCGGUCUCGAAGCCGAUCCCGCAGCCACUCUCGCCGGCGUCGUUCGCACAGCCGCUCCAGCAGCAGCUCCAGCGGCUCGUCGCAUCACCGCCGGCGCUCGGGCUCCCGGUCUCGCGGUCAUACCAUUACCGUUCAGCAGGGAGAGACGCUGCGUGGCAUUGCGGCCCGCUAUGGAACGUCUUAUGAGGAGAUUGCGAGACACAAUGGCAUUGAUAACCCGGAUAUGAUUUACCCUGGUCAGGUUCUCCGGGUGCCUGGACGGCAUUAG